AUGGCCAUCGAUGCCGACGCCUACAUGGAGGGCAACAUCCCCUCCCUCUCCCGAGGCGGAUCCUGGCUCCCAGCCUCGCGCCAAAUGAACAACGGCAGCAGCUCGCCACUAUCCCCUCUCCACCCCGGCUCUGUCCAUGGCUCGUCCCCUCUUACAGCCACAUUCCCCAGAACACCACCAGGACCUUAUGGAGGGUCGAUCGCCCCCGGGUCUUUGAUCAGGUCGCCCGGCAUGCCCAGGAGUCCCGGAUCGAUGGGGGGGUCGAUGUACAGUGGGAAACCGAUGUUGAGGCAUUUGCAUGGUGGUAUGGCGGCGUCGACCGCUAUACAUGGGCUCAAGAGGGACCAUGCGGUCAGUCCGAAGAGCCACACAGGCUGGCUGAGGGCGGGGUCAGAGGCAGAUGAUCGGUCGAUGCCUGGUUCUGUGUAUGGCGGAGGAUCCUUUGAUGGACGCUCGCUCGUCUCUGGGGCGCACCCUGUUUCUUCAUCGUCUUCAUACCAUACCAGGCAGUAUAUCCACCAUCAUUUCGAUGAACAUCUUCCGGCUGAGAAAGGCAGGAGUUGGGAGAAGAAUGUGGGGGCGCCGAAAUUGAUAUCGAGGGAGAAGGAUUAUGGGUUGAGGAAGGAUCCGCCUGUCAAGGUGGAUGGGAGGCUGAGGAGAAGCUCAGAGGUGGGGCAAGUUACGACGCCGUACAGAAAGCUAGAGGGACAUCAGGUCCAGCAAGGCGCAGAAGAUUACUUUUCGAGGAGUCACACACCUUUGCAAGGGGUAUUGUCGCCAAAGCCGAGUAGGAGAAAGGCUAGUGAUCCUGAUCUGCAUCGGUCAGCUCAGCUCAAUUCCAGGCUGGCGAGGAUGAGCUUACAAGGCAGAGAAUGCCGGACGCCUGAUCCUGAGCCUUCUGUUGGGAAGCGGCCUACGAUGACUAGGAGGCAUACGAGUCAUCCUCACUCGAGCGGCGAGUCGUCUCGAGCGCCGUCUUCUCUGCCGCUCUCUCCUCCCGUGCACAAACAACUCCAUCAGAUCAAACGCACGCGACACAACUCUACGCCACCACCCCCAAGCUCCAUCACAACAUCUUUCCAAGACAAGGAGAGCGACAUCGACUUUACACUGCAGCCAGCACCGGCGCCUCGCUCACGAGCGUUUUCUCGAUCUGGAAGUGUGGCUCCUACAUCCGUCAGUAGGCAAUUUCCCAGACCUCACGUGGGCACGCCAUAUAGGCCACCGGUAUCUGCAAAAGGUUCAAUGGGUUACAUUCCUCCUCUAGCAGACGACCCCUAUGACCGCUAUGCCUCGCACCCGUCCACGCCGACCCCGGACUUUGUCGAAAAGCACCUUGCCUCCAGCGCCUUAUCGCCAUCUACUUCCUCUGCCUCCCGCCUGCGCCCGCCCCAGCCAAAAGCCGAGAAGGCAGGCGAAUACACUCCUCCAGGGUUUCCCAAGGCGACCAAGGAUUUUCCGUGGAACCGAGACGGGCCGGCGAUGAAGACGUAUGGGAUUGCGUGGUGCAGGGAUGGGGAGGCGGAUCAGCUGCCGCUUGGACCCGAGGGACCGAGGUGGACGCAGGCGAGGCCGCCGAGAGUUGAUCACAUCAUGGGCGGGGGCUGGUGGGAGAGUGGGGGCGAGGACAGUGUGGUGUGA